UGCGUCCUCCCGCACCACCUAGCAUCAGCCGGAGAGGAGCGAUGGGGAGGGCGGAGGAUGUGAGGGGUGAGGAGGAGAGGUCGGAGGAUGUAAGAGUGAGGAUAAGUCGCUGACUACCGACGACGAGCAUCAGCCUGAACAACGCGAUGGACUCUGAGCGGGGACGUUCACGCGCACACACGCCCGCUUAAUACGUCGAGUUUCAUGGUUCAGACGGACAGGUGUUAGCUGACGUCAUCAUCAACCGAGCUGCACCACAACAAAGUGAAACCUCGAGUGCCCCCCCCAGGGAGCCGUCCAGUGAUGCUGUGUGACGUCACGUCUCCGGUGGCGGAGGAGGCCUCCGCGCUACUGGAGAUCUGUGUCGCUGAGGCGGAGAAAAGGAACGGCAAAAACACGGUGAACAUGCAGGAGACGUUCACCGUGUACCUCGUGGAGACACGGCCAAUGGAUGCAGUCGCCGAAGGACGCAACCCGGCCCCGGACUCCCUGUGGAGGAGAUACAGUGAAUUUGAGCUGCUGCGGAACUACCUGUUGGUCACUUAUCCGUACAUCGUGGUGCCUCCUCUGCCUGAGAAGAGGGCGGAGUUUGUGUGGCACAAGCUGUCGGCUGAUAACAUGGACCCAGACUUUGUGGAGCGCCGGCGGGUCGGGCUGGAGAACUUCCUGCUUCGUGUGGCUUCACACCCUGUGCUCUCCAACGACAAGAUCCUCCUCCACUUCCUCACUGAGGAACACGGCUGGAAGGAAGUGGUGUAUGAGACAGGAUUUCAGGCCAAGGCCGAUUCCAGGCUCAGAGCUCUCAGUGCCACCUUCAGGGUGAGGAGUCCAGAUAAGCGCUUCAUGGAGAUGAAACAUUACAGCGACGAGCUGCAGUCUCACACGUCUCAGCUGCUCCGAGCACGAGUAAGGGUGGCAGAUCGUCUCUAUGGUGUCUACAAGGUCCACGGCAACUACGGGAGAGUCUUCAGCGAAUGGAGCGCCGUGGAGAAGGAGAUGGGAGAUGGACUGCAGAGUGCCGGUCAUCACAUGGAUGCUUUUGCAGCCUCUAUAGAUGACAUUUUAGAGGAGGAGGAACAUUAUGCCGACCAACUGAAAGAAUAUCUGUUCUAUGCUGAAGCUCUGAGGGCCGUGUGCAGGAAACACGAGCUGACCCAGUUUGAGCUCGAGAUGGCCUCCCAAGACCUCGUCUCCAAGAAGCAGCAGCACGAGGAGAUAGCCACCGGGAUCGUACGGACGUUCUCCUUCAAAGGCAUGACCAACAAGCUGUUUGGCCAGGAGGCCCCCGAGCAGAGGGAGGCCCGGCUCAAGCUGCUGGAGGAGCUGAUCGCGGAGGGGGAAGAGGCCGUCAAGGAGAAGACGCUCGAGUGCGAAGAGCACGUUGACAGGGCGUGGGUGGACAUGCAGCGCUUCAAGGAGCAGAAGGACAAAGAUCUGCGAGAAGCGCUCAUCAAUUAUGCCGUCAUGCAAAUCAGCAUGUGCAAAAAGGGAACACAAAUGUGGAGCAAUGCCAAAGACUGUUUCCUCAAGAUGUAACGUUGAAGCCGUGCUGGAAGGAUUCCCCUCAGUGUGCUUGUGUUGGCUGGUUGAGGUUUGAAAGCAGCCUUAGUAAAUUGACGAUAUCAACAUAUUGAGUUUUAAGAAACCCCCCAAAAAGUUGAAAUGCCAACCAUUAAAUUCAUGGUUGAAGGGACAUUUCAGCCAGAAAUAAAAAUAUAGAUGUUCCUGUAGUGCUAUUUAUCAAUGUAGAUUGAGUGAGAAGGCAGAGCUGUCUGACUUGGGGAAAGAGGAUGUUGCAUAUGUACAGAUUUUAAAACACAAAUUUGUGAUUAUGGGCAAUGCAAAAAUAAAUUGAAUUGUUGGUCCACCUCCAUUAAACUGCUGCAGAAAAACUGUGUUUUUUUAUCUUGAGUAACCAAGGUGGUGGUUUGUGGGAGCAGAUGUUGCCCUUUGGUUUUCCAAAUGUAUUCAGUGGCAUCUAGAUCAAUCGUAGCAAAGAGAGAAGGCAGACGGCUAUCUCCAACGCUGUGCCAGAGAAAUUGUAGAUUGAUAAAUGAAAAUACAGGUGACUUUAAAAAAAAAUUGAUUUUGGAUGAACUGUCCCUUUAAUGCUUAGUGAAGGGAAGUGGCUCAUGGUGGGGAUCACACCAAGGACCAUGACUGGGACACCAGUUAAUUUUAUCAACAGUUGGCCAAGACCAUUUUCUUCCCCUUCUCCUCGAUGCUGCCACCAAGGCUUGUUUUCCUGUUAUUUGGUGUCCUAAUGAUUAUAUACUUGCAUCCUGAAGCGAGGCGAUGACCAUAAAGUAAUCCACAUAACUGAUGGCAGCGGUGUUCAGUCAAAGAAUUGUUUUUCUCAAUGGAGUCUUUUGGCUUUGAGGAGAGUACAGAUGGAUGUAACAGCUUUAACAGUAAAAAAUAAAUAAAUAUUGCAAAUAAAACCUAGAAUUUAA